UUAGCUAAGCCCAUCCAAACAGGCUCAAAAACAACUUCUGUUGCUACUCAAACGCACUUAUUUUUUCCUUAAAAGCUUGGCCGAGCACCUCAACUUUCUAAAAUAAACACUUUUUGAAAAAGAAAAAGAAAAAGCACCUUUGGCUUCCCAAAAGCUUGGCCAAACAAGCUAUAAAUUUGUUUAGUCUUGUUAACUAAGAAAUGUUGUGAAAAAUCUAAAGUUCCGCCAUGGCAAUGGCUUUAGAAUGUCUUUUUAUUAUAAGAAUUAAUUUCUGCUAGAUAGAAAACAUAAUGAUGUGAAAAUAGUGGAAGAAGAAAGUAUGGUGUUCCUUCUUGUAGGAUCUAUGGUGUUCCUGUAGGAUCUAUGGUGUUCCUUCUUGUAGGAUCUGUAUCCUUGAGCUUAGAUAUAUUUAUGAGUUUCCCUGAAGUUUCAGUUUGAGUUAUACAUUACAUAGGUUGUUUUUUUUGCAUGGUUUACAAGCAUACAAGAUAGGUUGUUUUUUUUGCAUGGUUUACAAGCAUACAAGAGCCAAUACUGUGAGAGUUACUUUGGUUUAAGUUUCUGGUUCAAAACGUGUUCGACUUUCCUUUCUCAUCUUAGAUCAGAAAACCCGGUUACAAAAUGUUCCUAACGUGACAGUCUACACGAGGAGUGGCAAACAAGCGGGUCGGAUAUGGGCAGGUCGAAAACGGGACGCAUCUGAAGUCUGCCUGUCAAGCUGAUGUUUUUUAGUUCUCUGUAUUGCCAAUUGGUGUUUUUAAGGGGGAAUAGUUCUCUUUAGCCAUCUUUUCAAUAUGUUUUGGAAGAUGAAUGGCUUAAUCUAUAUGGAGGUGUGCCUGCGGAAUUGAUAAUUUUCAUUCGAGUAUAUCCAAGUGUACUCUUCUGAGGGGAUAUACAGGUUUUCUGGGAGCUUCUGUUGUGUUAUGCUAAUCAUCAACAACUAAGGUGCUUUAGUUGCUUUACGCUUGUGGAAAAUAUGAGCCAAAGGUGUCUUACUCUAUGGUGUCACUAUUCAUGAAGUUUGUAGAGUUUUAUGCGUGCUAGGGUUUUGAUGAAAUGCCUAGAUGACCGAAAGGAAUGUUUCAUACUAAUAUUUGGUCCUACUUGAUGUGUAUUCUUGUAGAUCGUAAGUUGUAAGGGUGUUUGAACCUUGUUGUACUCGUAAAGGGUGAAAUUAAGGUUUUUGUUCGUUUGAUUCACUCUCUGAGCUGAUGUUUAAGACAUAAUAUAUAUGUUCCAUGAAGUUGUUCCUUGGAAUAAGCAACUAUUAGUAGUUUGAAUCGAUAAUUGAACUUCAAGUAUGGAUGCUCCUGUGAAGAAACCUCAGGGUAAUGGGCAGAAAACCUCAAUCGAUGCUGACAUUUUGGCUAAGAGGCUAAAAAACCGGGAGCGUCAACGGAGAUAUAGAGAAAGGAAACGUCUUAAAGCUGAUACAAUGAAGGUCUCGGAGACAAACCAACUAGCUUUACUUCCCGUCGAUGUGCCCGUGAUUGCUGCUUCUCAGGAUAGUAAACUGCCCGUGAAUGCUGCUCCGCUCGACUCUUCGGUUCCAGUAAAUGUUGCUCCUUUGGACUCUUCGGUUCUAGUAAAUAUUGCUCCUCUUGACUCUUCAAUGUCAGUGAACGUCGCUCCACGGGCAUAUGCAAUGCCAGUGGAUGUUGCUUCCGGAGAAUGUGUGAAGCCGGUGCGCAGCGGUCCCCGCGACUCUGUCACCACCCGUGUUUACUCUGGGCGGAAAUGGAAAAGGGAUGCCCGGAAGGCCCAUGCAGUGAGGCAGAAAGAAGUUAGUACUAAUAGUACGGUUUUGCCAGAUUUAGCUUCGACUGGUGGAGUUGAACGGUCGGAUGUGGCAUUGAGUAAUGUAAUUUCUUCACCUGUGACUGCAUUGAUAAAUAAUGGAACACCCAAAUCUAUUCCGAGCAGGAGAAAUUGGAAAGCAGAAGCUAGAAAUAAGAAGAGCUGAAAUUGUUGACAAUAGGUUAGGUCAAGUAUAUCGUAGAAUAUUAUCAAUUGUUAGCAGCCUUGUUGUAAUCUCAUUAUGUACAACAUUGGAAGGACCGAUGAUAUUGUGAGUGUUUUUGCAUUC